AUGGAGGUUUGUCUUGAUGAUGCUACGGUGAAGUUUGAAAUUUGGGACACAGCCGGACAGGAACGGUACCAUUCAUUGGCUCCAAUGUAUUACAGAGGUGCACAAGCUGCUAUCGUUGUGUACGACAUCACUAAUCAGGAGUCAUUCCAAAAAGCGAAAAACUGGGUAAAGGAGCUUCAACGGCAAGCGUCCCCAAAUAUAGUUAUGGCUCUUGCGGGUAACAAGGCCGAUAUGGCCAAUAGGCGAACUGUUGAGUAUGAGGAAGCUCAAGCCUACGCAGAAGACAAUGCUCUACUUUUUAUGGAGACUUCAGCAAAG